UUCUAGUAAGUAGGAAGAGAAAAAGGGCCCUGUGACUAUCAACCCAGCCCAAUUAGUUUAUGUGUCUUCAGGCGAGAGUGCAGCGCCUCUACAGCUAGCGUCCGGUGGGGUGCGAUUCGUGAGCUGCACCUCUCUCUCUCGAUAAUCAGAGGCAACUUAUUUGCUUUGGAAUUGAUGGAGGCCAAAUUUUUUCGCUUUCUCAAGAUUGUGGGUGUUGGAUACAAAGCCAGAGCUGAAGCUGCAGGGCGUCUAUUGUAUCUCAAAUUGGGAUACAGUCAUGAGGUGGAACUAGCCGUCCCUCCUGCUGUCCGAGUUUUCUGCUUCAAAAACAAUGUAAUUUGCUGUACUGGAAUAGACAAACAAAGGGUGCACCAGUUUGCUGCUACUGUUCGGACUUGUAAGCCACCUGAAGUUUACAAAGGCAAGGGCAUAAUGUAUGUUGAUGAAGUGAUCAAGAAAAAACAAGGAAAGAAAUCUAAAUAAUCAUAUAAUCUAAGUUGAUUUCAUGAAGUUUAGGACUCAGAUGUACAUUGGCUACAUCUUGCUGCUCAAUGAUUCACUCUAGGUCUCUCUCUAGCCUUCAAACAGUUUCAGUUUUGGAAUCCUUGAACAUAGCAUUAUGGUAAUCAUGUAUGCUUUGAAAUAACAAUAAUUUCUUGCUUCUGUAUGAUUGAUAUGUACCUUUUAGCGUUUAUCUUGCUUUUCUUGAGACAUUUUGUCUAAGGAUAUAAUAUUGUUUUGAAAGUCUCAUUUUCUUUUUGUUCCCUAAUAAUGGUUGGAAAAUUUGUUA